ACCAUUGACAAUUGAACGUUCGCUUGUAAAGAUGAAGGUGUACUGCGUGGUAUUGUUUGUUGCGGCGGCUGCGGCUCUGCCGAUGGCUAAGGAGGAUGGGGUCAUGGAGAAAUUCAUCUCAACGUUACGGGAUUGCGUGGAAACCGACACCAUGUUGUGUUUGAAGGAAAAGGCUAUGAAGUUUACUGAGAACUUGGCAGUGGCGAAGGACUUCAGCGUGGUUGAUGGCAUCUCUUUCUCGAGAACUGGGUCACCAAGAUCUGCUAGGAGUUACGAACCCUUGCCCGAAGAACCAAAAGCAAGAGAACUGCUAGUUGAGGAGAGAAUUAUGGACAAUGUAGUGGAUUUCCUGGACAACCACGCUCUGCAACUCAGGAUGCCUAAAGCCUUCACUGAAGACAAUUCUGUUGACGAAGAAGGCCGUGGCAAGAAGAAGAAGAAGCUAAAGAAGCUCCUCCCAAUCCUCGCUCUCAUCAAGCUGAAGUUGACUGCCCUCAUUCCUCUGUUCCUUGGUAUCAUUGCUUUCGCAGUCUUCAAGGCUUAUCUCCUAGGAAAGAUCGCUUUCAUCGCAGCCGCUUUCGGAGCUCUGAAAAAACUCCUUGAAUCAAAGUCUAAGAGCGGCGGUGGCGGAUGGGCGGAACCAGCUCAUGAAGAACAUGGCUGGGAAAGCCAAGGUGGUGGAGGCUGGGGAAGAUCCCAGGAUGCCCAGAACAUGGCUUACGGCGCCCAUGUCAAGCAGGCGUAAUCAGAACUUCUUGCUGAAGUAUUUAGGAUAAUAAAUUAACUAAUUUAUUGAUUACCAGCUAAGGUUCAUAUUUAUUCUCUCUGGCGACCACCGUUUAUAUCGUGAAUGCGUGUAUUUUCUUCCUUUUUCAUUAACACUUUAAGUUCACGGCUGAUUAUCAUUUUUUUAUUUUUUCAUUUUUGUAUAUAUUCUUAUAUCGUAGUAUAAUUACGUAUAAGUAUCGAUAUUUACAUGUAUAUUAUAAUGUAUAUAUUUAUUUUUAAUGUAUAAUAUGUAUAUUCGUAAUUCUGUCAAUAUUCUUAUCAUAGAAUAUGUAAUGGAAACUGGUGUUUAUUACCAAAUAUUUUAGUUUUUUGUUCCAAAGAUACUUUUAUUUUUUGUUUUUUAAGUUUAUAUUAUCAUUUUGUCUUUGUAUAUAAUUAUCAAGUUGUGAGUGCGAGUCAAACGAGUCAUAUUUAUCACCGAUAUUUAUUUUUGGCUUCAAACAUUCUUAGUUUUGAAGUUUCACGAUCGAUUCAUGUAAAAAUAAAGCGUCGUUUACAAUA